CGGCGACAAUAAUGUUCCUUCUUUUUUGGGCGACAUUGUUAUCCAAGACGUUGACGUGGGAGACUCGAUCCCCGUGUUGAGCAAUCCCAAGCUCUGUGACAUGUCGGUCGACGGCGACAUGAACAUUCAACUCGACAUUGAGUAUACCGGCGGCGUCCGUCUUGAAGCAGCAACGGUCGCUACCAUUUCCGUCGAGGCGUGGAACGACAUUGUCAAACCCAUCCAAGUCCCCCUGGUCGUGGCGGUCCGCAUCAAGCGCUUUAGUGCCCGCCUCCUCCUCAAAGUCAAACCCUACUGGGAAACCAACCGCAUCUGGAUGGGCGUAUUAAGGGAUCCCGACCUUGUCCUCGAACUCGAAGUCGAGCCCAUCAUUUCCAACAAACUCGUCAAACUCCAUCUCGUCAACCAAGUCAUUGAGCGCCGCAUCAAGGAAGCCCUCGAAGAGUUUGUCAUGCUGCCCAAUAUGGAAGAUGUCUCGUUUUGGCCUUCAGGUGGAAUGGGCGGCAUGUUUUGGGGGGGCGCAGAAGAGGGGGAUGACUGUGCACAGGAAUCGGAAGCCUCGGAUUCCGAUGCACACGACUCUGGGGAUGAAGGCGUUGAUGCCGACAUUGACGAUUUAGACCUGGAUGACGCUCGUCUGGUCCCCCCAAGGUCCUCUACGAGUAUACAACCGGUGCCUGCGGCUUUAUUUGCGGGUGAAGCCGUUGAGAGCACUCUUCGGAUUCGAAAACCGGAUGUCAACCGGAACCGUAGAGUGUACGAGUCCCUAUUGAAAUCUCAGCAACAACAGCAACAACAACAACAGCAACAGCAACAGCAACAGCAACAAGUCUUUUCGGAAGGUGAAGUCUCUGAUGCGUCUACCACAAGUAGUAGUGGCAUGGCCGAUCCUGUCGUUAUCGCAAAUGGACGAUCGCAGGUAUCGGCCGUCCCAACCGCUCCGUCGUCGCAGCCGCCACCGCCGUCCGACGCCAUCAAUACUACCACGACCGUCCCCUCACAACAACCACCGCCACCAGCAGAACAAGAAGCAGAACCACCAGCACCAGCACCAGCACCACCACCACCACCAGCACCCACCACACCAUGGUACUAUGAAACCCUCGGGUCAGCAGCAGACUACCUCGGCCAAGUCGCCCGCCACUACGGACUAGACGACACGGCCCGCUCCCUUGCCCAAUCCGCAACCGAAUACGCUACACCCACCGUGAAAACCGCCACUGAAACGGCUGAAUACUGCCGGAUGACGCUGAUGGAUAUGGCUAAAUACUAUGGAACAUUGACUGCCGAAUACUUUAAUCUCAAGCCUGACGCUGUUGUAGAUGAAGCAGCGUCGCCAUCAUCCUCCACAUCAUCACCAUCAUCAUCCGCAUCAGCAUCAUCAUCACCACCAUCAGGAGGAGGAGGAGGGGCGGAAGCGACCAUGACGACACCGAGACCUCCAUCAACGGUGUUUGAAAUGAUGGGUGUAAGCAUCUCUACAAGUCCACCUACACCUGUUCCUGCCCCCCGUCGCAAACGGGCCAUAUCGCAUGGUUCAAGCCUUUCCCAACAACCGACAUCAAACACCCUCACCCCAUCUCCCCCCGCUUGUCCUCCUCCUCCGCCUCCUCCUCCUCCUCGUCCACCCUCACCGAAUAAAGAACCGACACCACUAGUACCAGGUGCCACAUCCUAUUGCGCAACAUACCGCCGCGCCCAUCACGCACGUCUCCCCCCUCCAGUUGCCGUCACCCGAGCCCGAAGCAUGCCCAUCCUCUCGCCGAAUCGCGCUCACACAUCUCCUACCAUCCCAUCGUUUGAAUCGAGGAUCAGUCAUGGGAGAGUUCGAAGACAUACCGUUCCGAAAGACUGGCCACCGCUUCCCAAGACGGUAUUAGAGUAUGAUGAUGAGGAGGAUGGGUUAAAGGGGUUUGAAGAGGCUUUUGAGAGGGGGGUUUUGAAAGAGUUUUGGGAGUGGGGUUCGGGAUGAUGUUACUUUUUACUUUUUUUUUUUUUUUCAAGAGUAUAUAUUAUUUU